AUGAGUGAUCCAGUUUGCAGUUAUUGUGACUCCUCUAUUAGUGCUAGAACAAAAAGUAUUAAAUGUGAAGGUUUUUGUGGGAAAUUUUUUCAUGCCGCUUGCCAGGGCUUAUCAACUGAUGUAGUAAAAACCAUUGAAAAGAGAAGCGGUUUGUCGUGGAAAUGUAAUCCGUGCCAAUCGUAUACCAGCGACGUGCACGAGAUUCUAGAUGCUAGACUAUCCAGCUUGGUAAACGAAAUUCAUCAGCUAUUUUCUAGUGUUCGUUCAGAAAUUCUGGAGAUCGCCGUGAAAAAAAUUAGUACUGUUGAGUCACCUGAAAUCAAUGAUAAGAAAUCGUAUUCGGCUAUUACGAAAGGAAAAUCGGCAAUCAUCAUCAAACCUAAAGAUGCAACGCAAAAUACACAAGCUACUAAAGCCGACAUGCUUCAUCACGUGAAUCCAGUCGCAGAAAAUCUUCAGCUUUCCGGUGUCAAAAACGUAAAGAAUGGGGGAUCCUAA